UUGUGCUCUAAGGUAAAAUGACAAGAAAUAUGUUUAUAAUCUGUCCCAUUUGAAUCCAUCCUGUGUGUAGCAACCCACAGAACACCUCAGAUGUCUCUAGAUAUUACUGCGCGAUCCCGGCGGCGGAGGGAUAUCUGGACCUAAUUACCGGCGGUGAAAUCAGAGUUUAUUGAAGCGCAGCUGUGAUUUUGUUGUUUUUUUAUAUUAACUGCGCUCAGAUGAAGAAGUGAUGAACCGAAUAUCUCCCUGUCAAGUGUGAGCACUUUUUCCUGGACAGACUACAAACAUGGCCUCCGUCGCGCCGUUCAGCCGCAGGCAGUGGGCAUCGCAGUCGCUCAAGGUCACGGCCAAAGAGCUGUCCAUCGUCUCCGCCCGAGGAAAAAACACCGCCAUCGCAGAGCGCUUCUCCAAGUACCAGAUGGCAGCAGAGGAGGGAAAUGCAGAGAGGAAAAAAACGGUUGUGGAGCCUCUUCCAUCCUCUGUGUCUGGUGGAAAUCUGAGUGUUUUAAAGAAACGUUGGGAGCAGCAGCAGCAGCCGUCCACGUCCCAGAGCCCCAGCAGCUCAUUGCUGCUCACCAAACCCGCGUCCCGUUUCCAGACCCAAAAGAAGGUCCUGAGAUCUGCAGGAUCCUCUCUGGAGGUUCACCCCGAGAACAGAAUCGACCCGUUGACGGAGGAAGCCGAAGACCUGAUGGAGAUGGAGGCGAAGCCCGGCAGAGAGGUGGAGGAGGAGGCCGCAGCAGCUGAGACGUCCGACAUCGAGAAGCCCAGCGUUCCCAUCAACAGCCUGAAGAUGAUGUUUGAGAGAGGAGACGCCCCUGACGAGGCGAGUCACUUUCCCUCAAAAGUGAAUCUGAGUGCGCAGUGAGGCUGACGUGAGCGCGCAUAACCAAAAGGUGACCUAUUGUGGUCAAAACAUUUUAGUAAUUUUUUGGACAAAAUUAUUCUCAGAUAAUCAGAUUUUAAUCUGGUCAGUUUACAUUUGCACUUAUAUAGUGGCGUGCAACUAUACAGUAUGCGUUUGAAAAGCAAAAGUAGAGCCUGCUGCACAACCAACAAGAUGCAGC